AAAAAAAAAAAAAAAAAGAGAGAGAAUGUCAAAGCAAGACUUUUUAAAUAAUCCUUCACUUUACAAAUCCAUUUGUUCUCGUUAUGAGAUCGGAGAAAAGAUAGGUGAAGGUAGCUACGGUAAAAUAUAUAAAGGUUGUAAUUUAUACAAUAAACAACAGAUUGCCUUGAAGUUUGAAUCCAAAGAUUGUUAUACACCACAGUUAAAACAGGAAUAUUUUACAUAUCGAUCAUUAAAGGGCUCACCGGGUGUGUCUAAUGUUCAUUAUUUUGGGCAUGAAAAAUACCAUCAUGUAUUGGUCAUGGACUUGUUUGGACCCAGUUUGGAAGAUAUGUUUAAUAUCUGUAAUAAAAAGUUUUCUGUAAAAACUGUCACCAUGCUAGCCAUCGAAAUGCUUACUGUGAUUGAAGGAAUUCAUAAAAGAAAUUUUAUUCAUAGAGAUAUAAAACCAGAUAAUUUUUUAAUCAAUACUACUACUACUACUACUACAGAUUCAUCUCAUAAAAAUAUCACCAUUAUUGAUUUCGGUAUGGCUAAACAAUAUCGUGAUUCAAAUACACAUGAACAUAUACCUUAUCGUGAAAGAAAGCGAAUAUCAGGUACAGCAAGAUAUAUGAGUAUUCAUAUGCACCUGGGUAAUGAACAGUCAAGAAGGGAUGAUUUAGAAUCUUUAGGUUAUGUUUUGAUUUACUUUCUAAAAGGUCAACUUCCAUGGCAAGGAAUACAUGCUCAAAGUAUUGAAGAAAAGUAUAACAAGAUAUGUAAGAUGAAACAAUCUUCAAGUCCUCAAGUGUUAUGUGCAGGUUUACCAGAGGAAUUUGUGAAAUAUAUGCAAUAUGUUCGUGCCAUAGGAUUCUCAGAUGAGCCAAAUUAUUCAUGGUUAAUAGAAUUAUUUAAAAAAUUAAUGGGAAAAUUAAGUGAAGAAAAGGAUAAGCCCUUGUAUGAUUGGAUGUUAUUAUGUGAUGGAUGGGAGACUCUUCUUGCUAAUGAAAGACUGGAAAAAAAGAAACCUUUAUUACUUUUGCCUCCUCCUCCUCCAAUAAGUAUUCAAAAAGAAGAUAUAGAUCAGGUGGAAGAUAUCACACAAAAUAACGUGAUCAUUGAAGAUGAUAAUGCCAUUCAUAAUAAGAAAUGGAAUAAGAUGAAGAACUUUCUUCAUUAUCAUCUUUUCAAAGCAGAAUGAAUGGAGGAAGGAAUAACUAGUGUGCAUAUCAU